GCAUUGGUGUCACUAUACAGUUACACGGACAGUUUCCUGCCAAGUGCAGAAUGGGUCAGAAACAGUGAUCCAGCGAGUUUAUCAGAGCUGCCGGUGGCCAGGACCUUGUGCCAACUUAGUGAGUUACAGGACUCUCAUCAGGCCCACAUACAAAAUGUCAUACCGAACAGUGACCACGCUGGAGUGGAGGUGCUGUCCUGGCUUCAUGGGGAGCAACUGUGAAGAGGAAUGCAUGAACUGCACAAGACUAACUGAUAUGACCGAGAGGCUAAACACGCUUGAGGCCAAGAUCCUUCUGCUUGAGGCUGCAGAGCGAAGCCCACCGUUGGAAAACAACCUGCCAAUCACUGGGACAACAGCCACGUGGUAUGACGAUUUGUUACCAGAUGCCUUUCCUCUGCUGAAUCCUGGGACUGUCCUGAGAAAAACAGUGGGAUCUGUCGAGCCUAAAGGACACAGAGGUGCAGAGGAGCAGCUAAUACCACAGGGGCUGCCAGGACAGGUUGGUCCUCCAGGACCAGUCGGACCAACUGGUCUUCCAGGACCACCAGGGCCAAAAGGAGAGAAGGGACAACCUGGUGAGAGGGGCCCAGCAGGGCCACCAGGGCUGUUGGGACCUCAAGGACCAAGAGGACUUCCAGGAGAAACCGGGAUCCCAGGUCCCCCAGGUCCUCCAGGGCCACCAGCCACCCCAAGCCUUCCUCUUACCUUCCAACAAGGGGUUCUCUACUCACUCCAGCCCACGGCUGAAAAAGAAAAUGGAGAACCCCAACUGGCCUCCACCGUCAUAGACACCAUCAUGGCUGGCCUGCCAGGACCACGAGGAGCCCCAGGCCCUGUUGGGCCACCAGGGCCACCAGGCGCAUCAGGACCCAAAGGGCCACCAGGACCUAUUGGAGUCCCCGGAUCACAAGGCUUACCGGGCUCUCCAGGACAACCUGGGCCAAAAGGCUCCAAAGGAGACCGAGGAGAGAGAGGUGAACCAGGCAAGAAGGGUGAGGAAGGUGACAAAGGUGCUGAUGGGGAAGGUGUUCAACAACUUCGAGAAGCUCUGAAGAUUUUAGCCGAGCGGGUAUUAAUUCUUGAGCACAUGAUAGGAAUUCAUGACUCUUUAUCUUCCAUUGAGCCAGGCUCUGGACAAGACGUGAUCCCGGGUUCCCCUCUGCGAACCAGCAUCAAGAUCAAGCGUGGAGGACCACAGCAGCCACAGGCCUACCAGAUCCUCUCUUCACUGCUGGAUGACAGUGAAGCCAAAAGGAGAAGCAAUCGGAUGAAGUAG